AUGAUCGAAGAAAAUAGUUUUAAAUAUAUAAAUGUAUCUGCAGAAAUGCAGUUGGAAAUUAUUGAAAUGCAGUGCAGUACCCAUUUAAAGCAAUUGUUCUUAAAUUCCACAAAACUAGAUUUUUAUAGAGCACUGCAGAAAGCCGAAUUUCCAAAAAUAAUUGCCCAGAAAAUUAUGGCGAUGUUUGCGUCGUCUUAUGUGUGCGAACAAACUUUUUCGACCAUGAAAUUGCGGAAAAACUCAAUCAGAAACCGAUUGAGUAAUGAACACCUUUUCACACUGCUGAAAGUUGCUUCAUCACAGCUGGAACCUGCUUUCGAAAAUAUUAUGGAAAAUCAAAAACAAUUCCAUAUGUCUCACACGCCUACCAUGGUUGAGCUGCCGAAUAAAAGUUAA